UCCAGAGACCUCACCGCUCCCCGCCAUGGGUCUGGAGCUCUACCUGGACCUGCUGUCCCAGCCCAGCCGCGCCGUCUACAUCUUCGCCAAGAAGAACGGCAUCCCCUUCGAGCUACGCCCCGUGGACCUGCUCAAAGGGCAGCACCUGAGCAAGGACUUCACCCAGAUCAACAGCCUGCAGAAGCUUCCCACCCUCAAGGAUGGUGACUUUGUGUUGUCUGAAAGUGUGGCUAUCCUGAUCUACCUGAGCUCUAAAUACAAAACGGAGGAUCACUGGUACCCACCUGAGCUUCACAUCCGAGCCCGCAUCCAUCAGUACCUGGGCUGGCAUGGAGACCUUGUUCGAGGCACUUUUGGUGUGCCCCUGUGGGUAAAGGUGAUUGGUCCUAUCAGUGGGCACCAAGUACCAGAGGAGAAAGUGGAACGCAACAAAGAGCUCAUGGACAAGACACUGCAUAAGAUGGAGGAAUACUUCCUGGGCAACAAGCCUUUCCUUGCUGGCCAGGAGAUGACCAUUGCUGAUCUAAUGGCACUAGAGGAACUGAUGCAGCCCUUGGCUCUUGGCUAUGACCUGCUUGCUGGACAUAAGAAACUGGCAGCCUGGCGUAAUCGAGUGGAGACUUUCCUGGGUGCUGAGCUGUGUCAGGAAGCCCAUGGCCCCAUCUUGAAGAUAUUCCAACAAGUGACCAAUAAAACUAUCCCACCACCUCCCCCAGAAUUCUGCUCAAGGGUGAAGCUUCGUAUUGCUAGUAUUCCCUGAUGGUCAAGGAUGGGGGCUGAUGGUGGGGGGUACCAGGAAAUUAGCAAUAAAGAUGCAUACCAUUU